AUAAAUUUAACACAUAUGUGACCCUGAAAGUACAGAAUGUAAAGAGCACAACUGUCGCAGUCCGUGGUGACCAGCCUUCCUGGGAACAGGAUUUCAUGUUCGAGAUAAGCCGCCUGGACCUGGGCCUCAGCGUGGAGGUGUGGAACAAAGGGCUGAUCUGGGACACCAUGGUGGGGGUCGUGUGGAUCGCCCUGAGGACCAUUCGUCAGUCAGAUGAGGAAGGGCCUGGGGAGUGGUCUACCUUGGAAGCAGAGACAUUAAUGAAAGAUGACGAGAUUUGUGGAACUAAAAACCCAACUCCUCAUAAAAUUUUACUUGAUACAAGAUUUGAGUUGCCAUUUGAUAUCCCAGAGGAGGAAGCCAGAUACUGGACUUACAAGUUGGAGCAAAUCAAUGAGCUGGGAGCUGACAGUGAGUGUUCUGUGCAAGAAGAAGGUCUGAGGAAGCCACUGUCCACGGCCGCCGCCCAGUGCUCUUUUGAAGACCCUGAUAGUGCCGUCGACGACCGCGACAGUGACUACCGCAGUGAGACCGGCAGCGGCGCCCCACCUCCUUAUCACACGGCUUGCCAGCCCAGUGCCUCUGUGCACCAGUUUCCUGGGCCGGUGCGGCUGCCACAGCAGCUGCUGCUUCAGGGCAGUUCCCGGGACUCUUGGAAUGACUCUGUGCAGAGUUAUGACCUUGAUUAUCCAGAGCGGCAGGCCCUCAGCCCCACCGGCAGUAGUAGGUGCGGCUCUUCCUGCAACGUGAGUCAGGGGAGCUCUCAGCUGAGUGAACUAGAGCAGUACCACGAGCAAGAGGAGGACCGUCAUGAACAGGACUGGCUUCACUCCCGCCACAGCUCUGGCAGCCUCUCCAGAGAUGGCCAGGCGGGCUCUGGAGAGCAAGAGAAAGCCCUGGAGGCCGGAGGUGAAGCAGGUGGGGGAAGAGCAUGUGAACCCAGGGAGACUGCAGAAGAUGUGGCAGCCCGUGCUCCCCCAGCUCUGGAGCUACGCAGGGACCAUGCUGGAGGCCCCCAGGAGAGUCUUCCUGAGGAGAAUGCAUCUUCACCCUUUACUCACGCCAGAGCGCACUGGAUCCGAGCAGUCACCAAGGUUCGACUCCAGUUGCAGGAGAUUCCAGAUGAUGGCAGCUCCUCCCUGCCACAGUGGCUCCCAGAAGGGCCAGCGGGAGGGCUCUAUGGCAUUGACAGUAUGCCAGAUCUACGCAGGAAAAAGCCAUUGCCACUUGUCAGUGAUCUGUCACUGGUCCAGUCCCGGAAGGCAGGGAUUACUUCUGCAAUGGCUACACGUACUUCUCUCAAGGAUGAAGAGCUGAAAUCCCAUGUGUAUAAGAAAACCCUUCAGGCUUUAAUCUACCCCAUCUCAUGUACCACACCCCACAACUUCGAAGUCUGGACAGCUACUACCCCAACCUACUGCUAUGAGUGCGAAGGCUUGCUGUGGGGCAUCGCGCGCCAGGGCAUGCGCUGCAGUGAGUGCGGCGUCAAGUGCCACGAGAAGUGCCAGGACCUGCUCAACGCCGACUGCCUGCAGCGGGCUGCAGAAAAGAGCUGUAAACACGGAGCUGAGGACCGGACACAGAACAUUAUCAUGGCUAUGAAGGACCGCAUGAAAAUCCGAGAGCGAAAUAAACCAGAGAUCUUUGAGGUUAUCAGGGACGUCUUUGCAGUGAGCAAAGUUGCUCAUGUGCAGCAGAUGAAAACAGUGAAGCAGAGUGUACUGGAUGGCACCUCUAAAUGGUCAGCCAAGAUUACCAUCACUGUGGUGUGUGCCCAGGGCCUGCAAGCCAAGGACAAAACAGGAUCCAGUGACCCUUACGUGACUGUGCAAGUCGGCAAAACCAAGAAGCGUACCAAGACCAUUUUUGGAAACUUAAAUCCUGUUUGGGAGGAAAAGUUCCAUUUUGAGUGUCACAACUCCUCGGACCGCAUCAAGGUGCGCGUGUGGGAUGAGGACGACGACAUCAAGUCAAGAGUGAAGCAGCGGCUGAAACGUGAGUCUGAUGAUUUCCUCGGCCAAACCAUCAUCGAGGUUCGCACGCUGAGCGGAGAGAUGGACGUCUGGUACAACCUGGAGAAGAGGACAGACAAGUCAGCUGUCUCAGGAGCUAUCCGACUGCAGAUCAGUGUGGAGAUCAAGGGGGAGGAGAAGGUGGCCCCAUACCAUGUGCAGUACACAUGCCUCCACGAGAACCUUUUCCAUUACCUCACAGACAUUCAGGGCAGUGGAGGAGUCCAGAUCCCCGAGGCCCGAGGAGAUGAUGCGUGGAAGGUGUACUUUGAUGAGACAGCCCAAGAAAUUGUGGAUGAAUUUGCCAUGCGCUAUGGCAUUGAGUCCAUAUAUCAGGCCAUGACGCACUUCGCAUGCUUGUCAUCCAAGUACAUGUGUCCUGGCGUGCCCGCAGUGAUGAGCACCUUGCUGGCCAACAUCAAUGCCUACUAUGCUCACACAACCGCCUCCACUAAUGUCUCUGCCUCUGAUCGCUUUGCAGCAUCCAACUUCGGGAAAGAGAGAUUUGUGAAACUGCUGGACCAGCUACACAACUCGCUGAGGAUCGAUCUCUCCACAUACAGGAAUAAUUUCCCUGCUGGGAGCCCUGAGCGACUUCAGGAUUUAAAAUCCACAGUGGACUUGCUGACCAGCAUUACUUUCUUCAGAAUGAAGGUGCAGGAACUUCAGAGUCCACCAAGAGCCAGCCAGGUGGUAAAGGAUUGUGUGAAGGCCUGCUUGAACUCUACAUAUGAGUAUAUCUUCAACAACUGCCAUGACUUAUACAGCCACCAGUACCAGCUGAAGCAGGAGCUGCCUCCGGAAGAACAAGGGCCCAGCAUUCGGAACCUGGACUUCUGGCCCAAGCUCAUCACACUCAUCGUGUCGAUCAUAGAGGAAGAUAAGAAUUCCUAUGCCCCUGUGCUGAACCAGUUUCCUCAGGAAUUGAACGUGGGAAAAGUCAGUGCAGAAGUGAUCUGGCAUCUGUUUGCCCAGGAUAUGAAGUACGCAUUGGAGGAGCAUGAGAAAGACCGGCUGUGUAAGAGUGCUGACUACAUGAAUCUGCACUUCAAGGUGAAGUGGCUGCACAACGAAUAUGUGCGGGAUCUGCCUGCCCUCCAGGGGCAGGUGCCUGAGUACCCAGCGUGGUUUGAGCAGUUUGUGCUACAAUGGUUAGAUGAAAAUGAGGACGUGUCCCUGGAGUUCCUGCGUGGGGCCCUGGAACGAGAUAAAAAGGAUGGGUUUCAGCAGACGUCAGAGCACGCGCUCUUCUCCUGCUCUGUGGUGGAUGUCUUCACACAGCUCAACCAGAGCUUUGAGAUCAUCCGGAAGCUGGAAUGCCCAGACCCUAGCAUCCUUGCCCACUACAUGAGAAGAUUUGCGAAGACCAUCGGGAAGGUGCUGAUGCAGUAUGCAGACAUCUUAUCGAAGGACUUUCCAGCUUACUGCGCAAAGGAGAAACUGCCUUGCAUCCUGAUGAACAACAUGCAGCAGCUGAGGGUCCAGCUGGAGAAGAUGUUUGAAGCCAUGGGAGGCAAGGAGCUGGACCCUGAAGCUGCAGACAGUCUGAAAGAGCUGCAGGUGAAACUGAAUGCGGUUCUCGAUGAGCUCAGCAUGGUGUUUGGAAACAGCUUCCAGGUGCGGAUUGAUGAAUGUGUUCGACAAAUGGCUGAGAUCCUGGGCCAGGUUCGGGGCACAGGAAAUGCAUCCCCCAGCGCCAGGGCCUCAGUGGCUCAGGAUGCAGAUAGUGUGCUGCGGCCUCUCAUGGACUUCCUUGAUGGCAACCUCACACUCUUUGCCACCGUGUGCGAGAAGACAGUUCUGAAGCGAGUCCUGAAGGAGCUCUGGCGGGUGGUGAUGAACACGAUGGAGAGGGUGAUCGUCCUGCCCCCCCUCACUGACCAGACGGGCACCCAGCUGAUCUUCACUGCUGCCAAGGAGCUGAGCCAGCUUUCCAAACUCAAGGACCACAUGGUGCGAGAGGAAACGCGGAACCUCACUCCAAAGCAGUGUGCAGUCCUGGACCUCGCUCUGGACACCAUCAAGCAAUACUUCCAUGCAGGAGGCAAUGGGCUAAAGAAAACCUUCCUAGAGAAGAGUCCGGAUCUGCAGUCCCUGCGUUAUGCCCUGUCUCUGUACACACAGACCACAGACACGCUCAUCAAGACCUUUGUGCGCUCACAGACUGCCCAGGUGCAUGAUGGGAAAGGUAUUAGGUUUACUGCUAACGAGGACAUUCGGCCGGAAAAGGGGUCUGGUGUGGAGGAUCCUGUGGGAGAAGUCUCUAUUCAGGUGGACUUGUUUACACACCCUGGUACUGGGGAACACAAAGUCACAGUGAAAGUUGUGGCUGCCAAUGACCUCAAGUGGCAGACAGCAGGCAUGUUCCGGCCCUUUGUGGAAGUGACCAUGGUGGGUCCUCACCAAAGUGAUAAGAAGAGGAAGUUCACCACCAAGUCCAAAAGCAACAACUGGGCUCCCAAGUACAACGAGACGUUCCACUUCCUUCUAGGGAAUGAAGAGGGUCCCGAGACCUAUGAGUUGCAGGUGUGCGUGAAGGAUUACUGCUUUGCCCGGGAAGAUCGUGUGCUAGGGCUGGCAGUGAUGCCUCUAAGGGAUGUGGUAGCCAAGGGCAGCUGUGCCUGCUGGUGCCCCUUGGGCCGGAAGAUCCACAUGGAUGAGACCGGCGUGACCAUUCUCCGGAUCCUGUCUCAGAGGAGCAAUGAUGAGGUUGCCCGAGAGUUCGUGAAACUCAAAUCAGAGUCUCGUUCCACCGAGGAGGGGAGCUGAACAUCUUUGAUUCAUGUGCCAAUGAGGUGGCACGGACUGCACAGAUCUGGGCUAAUGGGGGUUAGCUGUGUAGCCAACUUAGGGUUUUUAUAGUCAAGAGGUUGAUGCCUUCGCUUCAGGAUACUUAAGUUUGGAGGUAGCUGAGAGAAUGGCUUUUCACAGGAAGGACAUGAAUCCCUAACCAGCGGGUCUGUGGUACUAGGAGUUGGACCUUAGGAGCUACCACAUGGAGAGAAUUUCCAAAAAGGGAGAGGGACAGACACUGCUGACAGUGUCAGCUAUUUUGGUAGACACACCGCUACACCCCGUACCCUCUUCACCCUUCCUCCGGCCACACCACCCUGUUAGAUACACACCAGUCACUGGGAGAGCAAGUGCAGACAGCCCUGAGCUUGUACCAGGCUGGCGAGCUAUUUGGCUGAGGCUGAGGGUAUUGCUGAACCCGGUGAUCUGUGUGAGAAAGCAGCCAGGGCAGAGCCACCUAGAAUACAACUCACUGUUCCUUGAGCAGAAUCCACUGGUUUAGUGUGGCUCCAAUGAGAACAAGUCUUUGAAACUGAACAAGCUACCUUCUAAAAUUGAGCUGUGCUAAUCCCUUCCCUCAGGUUAUAUCUGUCAUGGGUAAAACCAGUUUCAUGUGGUGCUUCAGAGCCCCGAGCAGAAUAUUUCUUUGGAACCCAGAAUCUCCCUAGACACUCCCUACUUUGUUCCUUAGGCAGGGGACUAGUGCUUAGAACACUAAAGGCUGUUCUGACGUGUAUAGACCUGAGGGCAAGAUGAAGGAUCUGGGAGUAUUUUCCUGGGCAGGCCCUGAACAAACUCAGAAAUUAUGGAACUCGAGUCAUGCUCACCUAUGGCCACUACCUUCUGGCUGUCCUCGCUGUGGAAAAAAUCCAGCCCUUGUCCUCUCUUCUGCCAUCCGGGUCAGCUGCUGUUCCCUUCAUAGAUGUUCAGCCCCACAGAAAGAGCUUGGACUCUGAUCCCUCUGUACAGGUUGGAUGGAAGGGGUGGGCUCAGCAACCCCUGGGAGGUCAGUGACUCUCACUCAGAGCUGUGGGAUGGUCCUUGGGUUUCCGUGAUGACGGGCUCCUAAACUUCUGAGGGUGCAGCAUUGUUCACAACUGUACUGGCCAAUACAUGAAACAAGAACCAAGCAUCUUUGCUGUUUUUAAUUGUUGUACGUGCCAUUGUUACAACAGAUUAUAGGCUAGUCUGUAAUAAAUUAUCUCCUAACAGCC